CGAGUCCGUUGCCAGGGCUUGUGCUUCCAUCUCUCGGCUUCCGAACGACGUCGUUUUCCUUCCGAACCGAGUGUUUCAGAAGUUCUCAAAUGGCGAUAAUAGCCCAGUGGUGAUCCCAUUGAGUUGUUGCUGGAAUAUUGAAUCUCUCUUCGACAAGCUUUCACGAUGAGUGCAGGCGGUGCAUUUGGUGGGAAUAGGGGACUUAGACCGGUACCUCCAGAGAAAGGGGUCUUCCCUUUGGAUCAUAUGCAUUUGUGUGACCUGGAAAAGAAGGAAUAUCUCAAUUGCCUCAAAUCUUUCGGCCACCAAUCUGAAAAGUGCAGACACUUAUCAAAAAAGUAUCUCCAAUGUCGUAUGGAGAAGAAUUUGAUGGCAAAACAAGACAUGUCUGAACUUGGAUUUGGGAAGGAAGAUGACCUAGAAGACUCUAAAGAGAGAGUCGCUGAGAGGAUUAAUGACAGAAAAUGACGAUUAUUAUUCGUUUUUUAUACAAGACCAUAGAAAUGAAGUAAUUUUUUUCUAGCCGGUCACUUGUGUUGAUUCUCUGCAAGUUUUUUUAAAACAAAUAUUUUCAUCAUAUUCUACCAG